AUGACCAUUGGGUGUCGCCGACGUGUGUUAUCGAACCUACCCACCACCCUAACGAAUCCCGUAACCGUCUCCUUCUCUUCAACGUUGCGUCCUAACUCAAUCCCUCCACUCAGCUCGGCGUGUUUCUUGCAAGAGGGGGGUGGCUGUCGAUCUUGGAGGAAGCCAGUACAGGGUAUCAGGAGUAUACCCGACAAGUUCAGCAAACGUCACCCUCAGCAGACGGGCCUGGGCGAAUACCCUCAAAAAGUUGAAGAAUAUGAGUUGAAACUAUGCUCGUUGAACCCUGGUUUUCCCUGGAAAAUCAAAGAAAACACAAGAAAACGUUACAAAGCCAACAGUUGGCAGUUCCCUUUGCAAUUUGCCUUAUCUUCCUCCGUGUUAUUGCUGCUCCGGCCUGUUGCUCUCCAAAGCACCAGUCCCGAUAGACGGCAUCUCCUUCAGUCCAGGCAGCUGGCCCAUGCACUGGGCCCCUAUGAAGAACGACCUGCCUACUUUCAAAAACUAGAGCGGUGGCUAUGGAGAAACCUAAUAUCGGUUUCGAAUGGGGAAAGGACUUCGGUCGAAAUCCUUCACGAGUUCUUCGAGACUUUCCGGUUUUCUCAAGAAGAAAUUUCGGAAGACGACCGAGAUUAUUUUUACUCAGUCUCACCUAUACCUGGGCAGGGGUUACUUCAGGAUGUGGUUGAUACCGGCCACUCCUUGGCCAAUUCACUAGCUAACUCUUCCCUAGAUCAUGGUCAUGAAGGAAAAAGCUCUGACUCUAUAGAUGGGUUAGAGACUGCAUAUACCACCUACCACACCUCCCUAUCUAAAGCCAUAUCCUCGGCCCAGCAGACUGCCGAGAGUAAACCAGAUGAGAUGGAUGUUAAUCCCCCACCACCACCAAGCACGCAUACACCGACGACAAAAGAGAAAUCCGCGGCUCUGGAGGAUACAGAGCAAUCCUCGCCUGUUGCCGCCGACCCAGCAAAGAAUCCUGUACUUGGUCAUCAUCUGCAGAAUGAUGUCACCCCGAAAAAAGCUACCACUGUCAAACGUCCCCGUCCUACAAUCGAAGAUGUAGAUGACGAGGAGGAUCCCACUCCCUCCAAACGUUUCCGUCUUACCAUUGAUGAUGCAGAGGACGAGGGGGAUAUAACCCCUUCAAUAGGAGAUGAAGAGGACGAGGACGAGCAGGAUCUCCCCCCUUCGGAACGUCCCCGUCCUUCAAUACAUUUUCGUCCUCCAAUACACGAGGAAGAGGAUGAGGACGGGGACGAUGAGGACAAAGAUGAUUAUACACCCGCAAAACGUCACCGUCGUCCUUCAAGACAAGAGAGAGAGGACAAAGAAGACGAAGAAGACGACGAAGACGAAGAAGACGACGAAGACGACGAAGACGACGAAGACGAAGUGGAGGAAGAGGACCCCACCCCUGCAAAACAGAGAGACGAAGAUGACGAGAAGAUGAAGUGGAGGAAGAGGACCCACUGCAAAACAUCCCGUCCUUCAAGACAGGAGGAGGAAGAGAAGCCUGAGCACGAGGAGAAGGACUCGACACUCGCACACGCCCCCGUCUUUUAA